CAGUUCACCAGCGACACUCCGGGUUUUCGGUGGCAGCGCAAUGUGGCUGUCGGAAAAACAGAGUAGACAGGUGCAGUACGCGGUCGCCGUGAACCUUCGUAGUAACCAACUCUCAAGUUGGACACCCAUGGAAUGAGUGCCACGGAACAGCAUUCCGGCAACGGGCUUGUCUCUCUGGAUGUGACGGUACUGGAGGUGCGCGGUUUUGCGCUGGGGAUGAACUUUGGAACGUUCCACUUUAUGAGCUGUGGUAGCCACUCGUCGUGAUGUGCUGGAUCGGCACUUUCUGAAGUGCCGUGGCUGUAGGGUGACAGCCGCCGUCUCGGGACUGUUUCAACUUUGUUUUGUUUUCUUUUUUGUUCACUUUUGACAGUUGAUUUAUCAAUGGAAGAACGAAACCGCAACCGAGAAACGCAGGAGCAGCAGCUCAAUGAGUUUGAUAAAAGCACGGCCAAGGAGCGCAUUGACAGGAUUGAUCCCUAUGGCUUUGAAAGAUCCACUGACUUUGAUUAUGAUGCCUAUGAAGAGUUUAUGUCUGUUUAUCUUGCCAUACUCACUAGACGAAGUAUCAAAUGGUCAAAACUUUUGAAGGGAAACAAAAAAGUUGGAAAAAGUUUAAAAGUGAAGAGGUAUGUUAGGAAAGGCAUUCCCAAUGAACACCGUUCCCUAAUUUGGAUGGUAUCAAGUGGUGCUCAGGCACAGAUGGAUCAGAACCCAGGUUAUUAUAGCAAACUGCUGAAUGGAGAAAAGGAUGCAAAACUUGUUGAUGCUAUCAAUACAGAUCUGCACAGAACAUUUCCAGACAAUGUUUUGUUUCGUAAAACUGCAGAACCUUCCCUUCAGAAGGCACUGUUUAAUGUACUUGUUGCUUAUGGACAGCAUAACAAGACUGUGGGUUAUUGUCAGGGCAUGAAUUUUGUUACUGGGUAUCUGAUUAUUAUCACAAAAGAUGAAGAAAAAUCUUUCUGGUUGUUGGAUGCUCUUCUUGGCAGAAUUUUACCAGAUUACUACAGCCCUGACAUGCUGGGUCUUAAGGCCGACCAAGAAGUACUUGGAGAGCUGGUGAAAGUCAAGGUUCCAGGUGUCUGGCAGAUGAUGGAGCAGCAUGGUGUCAUGUGGACUUUAGUGGUGUCCCGCUGGUUCAUUUGCCUCUUCGUCGAUGUUCUUCCUGUUGAGACUGUCCUUCGUAUUUGGGACUGUUUAUUCUAUGAGGGAUCAAAAAUACUUUUCCGAGUUGCCUUGACUUUAAUAAAACACAAUCAAACAACGAUACUGCAAGCCAGGAAUUUCCCGGAUGUUUGUGAUAAAUUUAAACAGAUCAUCAAGGGGCAUUUCGUGGAGGACUGCCAUGGAUUUAUGCAGAGCAUCUUCAUCGAGCCUGGCAGUCUUCCUAUGACAACCAUUAACAAGCUACGGGAAAAGUGUCAAGCCAGCCUCCUUGCUCAGGGACUUUGAGUGUUGCACUUUAGGUCACACAUCGGUUAGCAAUAUUUCUUACAUUCCUCUCUCUUGAUUUGCACUAAGAGUACUGAUUUACAAACUUUCAUGACUUUUAGUUCACUAAAUAGUUAACUGGCUUUGGAAAGACUGUUGUGUAAAUCUGAAUCUGAAUUGUAUAUAAAUGAAAAUGUUUUUAAAUAUUUCUGUUAAACUGAAUGAGUCUUAAUAAUAUUUAAAACACAAAGGAUUUCUAAGAGGUAAAUCUGUCAUUUUUAAAACAUCUGUUUGUAUCCAUUUUCCUUUAGUUAAACAGAAUGAAACUUAACUGUUAAAUGUUUUCUUAGGAAAAUAAAUAACCAGUUGUGAUA